AGACCAAUUAUGCACCGCCCUUGGAAAAAAACGAUAUAUCCGGUAUCCGGUAUACCAGAUAACUUUCGGUAUCGGUAUCUGGCGGCAUAAUUUCAAUUGUUGGUAUUUCGAAUACCGAGUAGCCGGUAUUCAAAAUUAUGCCGCCAGAUACCGAUACCGAAAGUUAUCCGGUAUACCGGAUACCGACCGAUUACCACCCCUAAAAUCGCGCAUGGCCAGUUAAGCCCUUUGUUGUUCGGGAUGCUGAUUUUAUGAUGUGUGAUGUAUUACUUUCUAUGAGUUAAUGAGAAUAUGAGAUGCCUCAGAGCAUUGUUUAGUUCUUUUUAUGCUUGUUAUAUACUUAUAUUCCUAUGAUGGUGUUGUACCCCAGGUUUAGUAUCAUUACAUAGUUGAUUGUUUCGAAUGGUAUAGUCACUAAAGAUAAAAUGUGAAAGUGGAGGAAACCCAUUGAAGCGAAGUGUGUCUUAUGUAAUGGCUUAGAAGAGUCUCGAGAAUACUUGUUUAUUAUUUGUGCUUAUGCUCAGGCUUUACUAAGCAAGCUAGGAGUCGCCCAGUGGUUUUGCGGAGGUACUUGGGAGGAUUCUCUUGAUGAUGCAGUUAUGAUGGCCGAGCAGAAUUCAGCUCAAGGGCAGGUUAGUGGAAUGCUCUGGUGUAUGAUCCUGACAUUCAUCUGGAAAGAGCGGUGUCGAUGCACACAUGGUGAUAACAGAAGAGAGGUGGAGAUAGUGGCUGGUGGAAUUAUAAGGGACCUGCAAGUUAUUGCUUUGUCUUGUGAGAAACUUGGCGAAGAUCUUACAGUUUUACAGUUGAUUUAGUAUACUUCACUUGUAGAUAUACACUGAUAGAGUCUUAAUUCUCUUCUAGUGGUUCUGUUGGAAUUGUAGAGUAGUUCCAACUUCCAAAUAGAGGUAUGCCUCUAUCUUCGUUGCAUUGGAUUGCCAACUGACAUUUUUCGUAAUACAAAGGAUCCGAUUCAAAGGGAGGGAGGGGGGAAAUGUUAAGCACCUAGACCACAACACAUUGUUUGUAAUCCUUUCUUAAUCAGCUGCAACUAUGAUGAUUAUUAAAUUAUGGUGCAUAUCACCAGCUACUAAUUAUCAUUCAUCAUGUAACUUAACUUGAUUAGCCAAAACUGAAAGGACUCUGCCCAUCUUAUGGAUUGAGAGAGACAAAUCUAAACAAAAAAGAGACUCAUUUCAUUUCUUAUUAAUGUUCUACAAGGGAGGUAUAGAAAUGGGUCAAUGCACAAUGGAUCAAAAAGGAACUACAUAGAAGUAGUACUAUGGCGACGACUCUCCUUUUCAUAGACCUGGAGUCAUCCGUUACUAUGGCGGCCGCGCUGCUCGACUGGAAUAGAGGAUGUUGAUGGAAAGAGUUCCGUUUGUUUGCUCAGCUGACACGGUUAUGACCUGUUUUUGUGGUCCAUUUGUUUGGGCCCAUAAUAAAUGUCUCAGACACUACCACGUCGGCUCUAUGUGGCCCAAUCAUAAUUUGUGACACUACCACGUCGGCUCUUUCCAACAAUUUCCCCCCUUCGUCUUUUUGUACUGAUUUGCCUUCUCCUUCGCGGGUUCUUGGGCAUUUUGAUUUUUGCUGGGAUCUCGAGGCGCAUCCCUUUGAUGCGGACUCUUUGGAAGGCAAAAGCUUGAGCAUAAGCCAUCUGUUGGGACUUGAAUUAAAAGGGGUUCAGGGUUCGGUGGAAUCAUUGGUUUUGAAUACAGCUCGAUCCUUGCACCAGAAGAAGAUUAGGAGCGGAAGGUCAAAAUUGGAAAUGGAAUUGCAUCGUCUGGGACCGUCUCCAUCUCCACCCUCGGUGUCGAGGCGUUCCAAGAGGAGGGGCAGCAGUGAGUGUUCGUCUCUUCCAUCAUGAGUUCUUCUUUGAUUAUCUGGAAUGUUAGGGGUCUUGGAAAUCCUGAGAAGCGGGGCAGAAUCAAGCAUUUAAUCAGGAGGCAGUCUCCCAAGAUUGUGGGGCUUAUUGAAACUAAAUGGGAAGUGUAUUCUGAUUCUCUGGUUAGCAGCGUUAGCGGUAGAAGAGAUUUUGGCUGGAUCGCGAAGGAUGUGGUUAGAAGCUCGGGUGGCAUUGUUGUAUCCUGGGACAAGGUGUACUUUAGUCUUUUAUCUAGCAGGGAAGGCUCUUCUUAUCUUGAUUUGUACCUCUGGGAUAUUUUAAAACGUAAAGCUUGGCAUCUGAUCGUGGUUUACGAUCCUCAAGGCAGGAGUGAGAAGUUGCUUUUCAUUAAUGAAUUGAACGAGCUGUGCAGCCUACUUACCUCUCCUGCUUGCUUUGCGGGGGAUUUCAAUUUGGUCAGGAGUCACGAGGAUUAUCAAGGGUCGUGAAGGAGUGCGGAGAUCAUGGAGGAAUUCAACAGUUUCAUUGAUACCAAUGAGCUUCUUGAGCUCCCUCUCGUUGGCAGCAGGUUCACCUGGCAUCAUGGCCCUAGAAGCAGUUAUGUCUCUCGUAUUGAUCAUGUUCUUGUCUCGCCUGAGUUUGACUCAAUCUUCCCAGAUGAUGUUCUGAAUGCUCUUGAGCGUGUGGAGUCUGAUCACAAUCCGCUACUUAUUUGUUGGGGUGAGAAUAGGAGAACUCGAAGGCCGUGGAAGUUUGAGAACAUGUGGAUUGAAGAUUAAGGGUUCUUCAAGGAGAUGGAUACUUGAUGCCAAUGUCCAACUCAAGGUUUCGGUUUCGUGUUCCGUUUGGCUCGCAAAUUGCAGUCUCUCAAAGAAAAGAUUAAAGUACGGAACAAGGAGGUGUUUGAAAACAUCCACCGUAAGGUCGAUGAUCUCUUGGGGGAAAUUAAGGAGCUUGAUUUGCUGGAAGAGACUCGUCUUCUCACUGACGAUGAGAAAGGCUGUAAGGGCCGUUCACGUUUCCAUGCUUGGGAGGGCUCUAAAUAUGCAAGAAAUUUGUUGGUGUCAAAAGUCGAGAGAGCUUUGGUUGAACAAAGGAGAUAGCAACUCGGGGUUCUUCCAUAAAAUGGCCAAUUGCAAGAGGAAGUUGCAGUGCAUUGAUCGCAUCAGAAUUAAUGAUGUUACUGUGG